AUCGUUGCCCUGCUGCCUUCAACUUCUUCUUCUAAAUCAAAUAGCCUGUGAUCUGCCUUCCAGCUUUCACUCCGCUCACUUACAUUCCCUUAUUCGGCUCACACAGGCCAUUCUUGAGCUUCAUCCUUGGUCGGCUGAUCGUAUUGAAGCCACGCCGCCUAGAACCAUAAUGUCCAACACUAUAUGGCCCUUUAGACCAGCAUACAAGGAUGCCGUUGAAGUGACCGACAAGAUCCACAAUGAGUUUGCGAUCGUAGACAACACUUGCAUCAACUUGGAUACCAAUGAAUUGUUAGUGAAUAUCUGGCUUGAUGCUUUCGCUCACCUUCCGCCACCUCUGACGUCUGAGCCAAUUUUCCGUACGACCUGCCUCAACAUGCAUUGGGACUGCGAAUCCACCCAAAGUAGCCAUCCUAGCCGCGAGCAAGGCGCAUUACUUCUUGACAUUCUUACUCUGGCACUUAUUCCACCACGCUCUAUAUCUGAGUCCAACAUUUCCUUGCUACGAUCACGCUGUGAUUUGCAACCACUAUGGUUCAGAUUCAUGUUUUCGACUUUGUCUCUCUGGGGCCUCUACACACCGCAUUUCGUCCGCGCUUUCGUGACGCAUGUUUGCUCCAAUCUGUUUGCGCUAGUUGAUGGUGUGGCACAUGGACACGGCCAUCAGUCCGAUAGUAAUAAUCCUCCAUGGAAGGCAACGAGUGGAGGUAAAAGCGAGGAUUACAGCUCACACCCCAACUACAUGUUGUCUUGUUUGGCAUGUCUCCAAGGCAUUUAUCACGCACUUCUUCUCCCCGGUGGAACUGCGGCUUCUGUAUUUCGAACUCGGAAGCAUCUCUCCCUCGUUCAUGACCGUUCAUUAGGCGUUACAGCUUCCUCCUUGACUGGCCUCCCUGAGAUUAUCAGUAAUGCCACCGAAUUUUCCGAACUGGUUUCCAGCAUUCGUUGCCAGACCGACAGUGAUUCCAUCUUGUUUACCAUCGAAUCGAGUUCUGGCGUGCCCCCGUGCUUUAAUUCACCAUGGAAUGAACCAGAUUUUAGGCUUUAUGAAAGCACUUCUUCGAAUCCAGCAGUACAUCCGGCUCCUGCCGAACCUUCUGUAGUCUUGACUCCAAAACCGUCCAUUGUUUUCGGUAAUUCUAAGCACGAUGCCCAAAACUUUGCAGCUAUCUUCACAACGCGCACUAAGCGUUUAUUUGACUCAAAUGGCUCGUCGGAUGCACAUCCUCUUCUCCAAGCGCAAACAGAGUUAUUUCGUUUACUUCCGACGGUAUUGUGCUCUCUGGCUGAACUGUGGGACGCCUUCAACCAAUCCCCAAUGGGAUUCGUCCAUCCGUCUGACACCGUUUCAUCGAAGGACGUUUGGCCGUCUUCCCGUUCUGUGUCCAUCGAGCAACUUCCAUUCCUCACAGCGCUCGGCACCUCGGCGCUUGCACGACCUGCAUUGCGCAUGCUGCUUCAGCCGAUCGCCUUGCUGCACCCUGCUCCUUUCCUUAUUAGUAUGGCAUUAUCCUGGCCAGCAAAUUUAUACGAUGAGAACGAGAGCGCUCUCCCGUUUAGCCGAGCUGGUACACCCAAGGAGCACUCUGUGAUGAGUCUGCUGACCCCCUAUUUGUCACCUGCGAGCGGUAAUAAAGGUAAACAUCCAUAUUCACCGUCAGCCGGAAUUUUCCACGUUUUCAUCAACCGGUUUACUAUCACCGAUGACAAACGAGAACAACGCGAGUUACAAGAAUUAUGUCACAGAUUGUUGGAAUCUGCAGCUACAAUCGCUGCCUCUGCUUUAAAACAACCAACCUGGUUCAGACGGACGCUGCAGGUUCAGCGGAACGACAAUACAUCGGAUGAGGGCGCCCGCACUAUACCUACUUUUGCGUCGUCCUCUACUUUUGCUCAACCUCGAUGCGAAGAUGACCAGGCGGACGCAACUUUCACACCGCCCUUGGGCCGUUCAACUUGUCCUCGUUCGCACAGUGCAGUCGUACUGAACUCAGAGAUCACUACUGCCCGGCUCUCUCCACCACGUCCUUUGGCUGAAACUAACUGUGAAGCUAUGGACUCUUGCGGCUUGAGUCGCACGAUACUGCAGAACGAUAUGGCUGUACAGGCCAUCAAUUUGUUGACUGAGCAUAUGGUCAACUUUUUGGAUGUGAUCUAUCGAAGUGACGAAAAGGAUCGCAUUCCUACAUUCUUGACCAACAUUUUAGUCAAUAUAUUUCCCUACCUCCGCGUCCGAAUGUUGCUUCUUUUACUCAUUGAGUCACUACUACUUCUUUUCAUCUUCGUUAGACUUUAA